AUGGCUGCCAAUGCCUUAGACGAGCAAGGUUACCAAGUUCCCCUGACAGUUUUGGUUGAUAAAGAAAGAAACAGAGUUGUGUAUGCUGAGUCAGGUAAUGAUUUUGUUGAUGUUCUCUUAAGCUUUUUAACAUUGCCUUUAGGGACUAUUGCUAGACUCGUGGCUGUGGAGUCCAAUAUUGAAGCCGUCGAAUUUGGAAGUUUGAGCAAACUGUAUCAAAGUGUGUCAGAACUUGAUGAAAAAUGUCUAUGGAAUCAAACCUGCAAACAAAUGCUGCUUAAGCCCAGGAACUCAAUGGAGGCUUAUUGUAAGAAGAUGAAACUGAACAUUGACGAAACAGCAAGAUUGAUGUUCUUUUAUUGCAAGGACGAUAAUUGCACAGGAAAAAAUGGAUUACAUGCGAGUACCCUGAGGGAUCAAAGAUGCAUUUGUGGAAAGAUGUUGAAUGUAGAAGUCACAUUAGAUUCCCCUGCAGAGAAUGGUUUUGUUAAGGAAACUUGUACUUUUAUUAUUUCUGAUGAUCUUUGUGUAAUGCCUAAUAUUCUUGGAACAAGUUUAAAUAUCUUCCAAAAGCUUGGAAUCAAUGACAUUGAUGUUAUUGAUAAACAAACCGUUCAUUUCAGCAAGAGCGAGGUAAUUGAUCUUCUCAAACUCUCUUUGACAUCAAAGACUCCUCUGUCCGAUGUCAUCUUUAAAAAGGAUAAGUUUGUUGGUAAUUUAGAUCCAAGGAACCGAUUGGAAUUUUGGACUGGAGAGGUAGAUGAACAGCGUAAUGAAUCUAAUAAGAUGUCUGUGAAGAUAUUACCCAUUGAUGUGGAGUCAUCUGCCUAUUCCAUUUCUAAUAAAGAUGUGAAACUUGUUAACCCCAAAUCCCCUAGUUCAGGAGGAUUUGUAAAUGGACCAAUGUCGUUCAUGGUGACAGACGACUUAGUUGUGAGCCCAAUGUCAUCGAUUUCUGGUCUUGAGUAUUUAAAAAGAAUGAAGGUUCCUCUGAAUGACGUGGAAGAAAGGGUUAUCAGUAUUGGUUUGAAAGAGGGUCUCAGCAUACUAAAAGCUUCAUUGACCUCAACAUCUUCCUUCACAAAUGGUCUCAGCUUCUUCGUUACACAGCAGUUCUCACUUGAAAAAUUUUAA